GCCCUGCAGCCCUGCAGCACUCAUGACUGAUGUGGUUUCUUUAACACGCCCGAGAUUCACUCAAGCCGCAGUUUGGACCACAGCUCGUCAUGAUGACACGGAUAUUCUGGGAUACAGUGUUUCUCAUAAGCGGUUCGCUCUUUACCUUUGGAGUAGGGCAGAGUAGUUCAACCAUUAUCGAAGCAAAUCUAUCCAUCGACUCGAGCUCCACUGCUGCCUCGCACUCCUCCAGUAGCAGCCCUGUAGCAGCCAGCGGCGGGGGCACCACCGUCAUACCUGCAGUUAAAAGUUCUAUUCCGACAUUUGGAGCAGAACGGACAAAUUCAGCAAUUAGUAAUGCCACAGUUUCAAUCAGCAACACCUCUACUGCUGCUGCUGCUGCUGCUGCUGAAUCCUCACCAAGCAGCGCCCCAAAAAACAGCAGCGCACACAAUUCUGUCCCAAGCUUCAUUGCAGCCACUACUGAUAACGUCCGCCCGGCUAAAAAGUUUGUGGCGGCGGCUGUCAGGUUUCAUUUCGACGACUGUCCAGACACCCACCGGCAUUUCUGCUUCCAUGGCACGUGCCGCUUCCUGAUACUGGAGGAGACACCUGCAUGUGUGUGUCAUCCGGGCUUCGUGGGGAUGAGGUGCGAGCACGCUGACCUGCUGGCGGUGGUAGCAACCAAUCACAGACAGCAGACCGUCGCCACGGUGCUGGUGCUGUGCGUGAUUGGGUGUGUUCUCGUCAUGGUGUUGUGUACACUUCUACAUUGCUGGUGGAGGCGGGACUGUCGGAGACGAAGCCAUGCACGUUACUACAUCACAGAAAAGCAUGGAGCGUCCUGCUGUCCGUCGGAGAGCGUGGUGUGAGAGGACAUCUGUGAAGAUGCACGGUUUGCUUCAUGACAUUUUUAGUUUUUCCUUAUUUUUCUGGCUCACAAACCCUCACAAUUUGCACUCAACGCGGCUCGAGCGGCCGGAGGCAAAGUGUGACUGAGGUAGGCCUUGUUGAUACGGGAAGUUGGAAUC